CUCGCCAGCUUUCCUUGCUCGCCGAAGACAAUGGCCGCUCCCGCCUCUCCCGUCUUCGACGGCGACGUCGUGCCUCGUAUCGUGGCCGUCAUCCCCGCGCGAGGCGGCUCCGUCUCGGUCCCGCGCAAGAACAUCAAGAUCCUGCAGGGCCGGCCGCUCAUCGACUGGGUCAUCCAAGCCGCAGAGUACUCUGGCAUCUUUGACGAGGUGUGGGUCUCGACGGACGACGACGAGAUCCACAUGAUUGCAAAGAAGUGCGGCGCCAAAGUCCACCGCCGCUCGCCACACACCGCGACCAACACCGCGUCGACCGAGUCAGCGCUGGUCGACUUUGUCAAAGCGCACCCGAACUACGACGUCCUCUGCCUCGUCCAGGCCACCUCGCCGCUCAUCACGCCGCUCGACUUCCAAAAGGGUUGGGACGCGAUGCGGCGCGCCAAGGCGGACUCGCUGGUCACCUGCGUCCGCGCGCAUCGCUUCCUGUGGUCGGUGGACAAGCGCAGCGGCGUGGCGCGCGCGGUGAACUACGACCCGGCCAAGCGGCCGCGCAGGCAGGACUGGGACGGCGAGCUGAUUGAGAACGGCGCGUUUUACUUCACCACGAAGGAGGUGAUGGAGAGGGAGGAGUGCAGGCUCGGGGGCCGCGUCGCGCUGCACGAGAUGGAGGAGCAUACCUUCGCGGAGCUCGACUCGCCGACCGACUGGCAGAUUGUGGCCAACAUGGCCAUGAUCCACGGCUUCUGGCCGCCCGGCUCGGUCAAGCCGGAGGGGACCGACGAGUCUCCGGGCAGCGCCGAGGUGACCAUUCUCGGCGACUCGAAGCUCGGGCUCGCGGCGGCGGCGGGCCUCGGGAUGGGCGUCGGCCUCGGCGUGGCUGGAGUGGCGGCGCUGCUCGCCGCCGCCGCCGCCGGACUCCUCCGCAGCAAAGCGGCGGCGUGAGGGCGUGAGGGCCGCGGCACGCGGCGGCGCUUGCGGUGCGGGAGAGAGAGAGUGGUGUAAUACCCGCCGCUGACCUCUCUCUCUCUCUCUCUGGCUCUGGCUCCCGGCUGGUGCGCGGCCGUGCGUGGCGCUGGUGCGGCGUGCGCUGGCGGCGCAGCAAGUGUCACGUCAGACGUCAUCGCGUCGCGCUCGUGGAGUAUAACGCUGCAAGUCGACCACACGAGAAGAGUCGAGACACACCCGGGCCUUGGGCUGGGGCCGGGGCGAGAAAAAAGUUUUGCGUACUUGGUUCUUACGUAUACAUGAUGACGCCAGUCAGAU